GCACCCAAGUACCAACUUGAAAACGUACAUAACACCGUGUAGUAGUCGCAAGUUAUCGAUUUCUUUUCGAAGUAUCAAUAGAAUACACAUGGAUAUUAUAGUUUAUUAUUAUUUAUUAUAAAAAUAUAGUUAUUAAAAUUUCGAAUCUAAUCUAUACAGUCAUCUAAGUGUCUGCGUGUCCAAACUUCCAAAUUGGUUAUAAUUUAAAACUCUGACGAUGGAAAACAAAGUAAUUAAUCAAAAGGAAUAUUUGAAGAAAUACAUAUCUUUCGGCGAUACAGAUCAAAAGAAGAAGAAAAAGAAGAAGAAGUGUAAAACGGGAACGAAAACAGUAACAAUUAUAGAUGAUGACAUUGACCUGAAAAAUAUGCGACCUGUUGAAGAAGGUGAAUUCGAUAUCCUCUUAGAAGGGGAAGAUGCUCCACAAAUUGCUGGUAUAAUUGAUGAACGUGGACCAGUUGAUUUCACGGACAAAAAAAGAUGGAAAAUUAUAACUGAGAAUGAAGAAGGAGAUUUAACUAUUAUUAAUCGUACUAUCGAUAAGGAAACAAGACUUCAAGUAGAUGAGAUGGAAGCCAAUCAGAAUAAUAGUGAUGAUUCCGAUUUGAGUCCACCUAGACCUAAAAAUUCUAAAAGUAAAAAUGCAGAUUUAAAUUCAUAUGGACAGUCCAAAAAUGAUACCUCAAAUUCGAGUCCAUUUAGAUCUAGGUAUUCUAAAAAUAAACAUGUAGAUUUAAGUCCACGUGGACAAUCUAAAGAUAAUGACUCAGAUUUGAGUCCACCUAGAUCUAAGCAUUCUAAGAAUAAGCAUGUGGAUUUAAAUUCACGUAGAAAAGUUAAAAGUGAACCUAGAGACAGUGAUUCAGAUUUGAGUCCACCUAGGCAGCAGUCUAAGAAUAAUGAUUCUGACUUGAGUCCACCUAGACAAUCUAGGCACAACGACAAUAACUCGGAUUUGAGUCCACCCAGACAAUUUAAAAAUUACGACUCGGAUUUAGAGCCACCUAGAAAAAGUAUGAAACAUUCGACUCGCAAUACAUCUGAACGAAGCUAUCGGAAUUCAGGUAACAGAGGCAGUGAUUCAGAUUUUAGUCCACCUAGAAGACACAAGCAGGAUCUAGAUAUAGAUUUGUAUGAAAGUAGAAAAAAUAAAAGAAACAGAGAUUCAAACUCAAGCACAUCACGACGCAAGGAACACCGUUCUCGAAAAGCGGAUUCGCCAUACUCCACUUCGCGUAGAAGCGACAGAAGACACGAUCAUUAUGAUAAAAAUUCGUCCAGAUCUAGUAAACAUGAUGUAUCAAGCAGGUCAAGCAAAAGUACCCGAAAGGAAUAUGAAGAUCGAGAUCGUAAAUCUCGGCCGCACUCGGAUGCAAGAGAAAAAAGAAAAAAAUCACGAUGGGACGACGAAACAGACAAUCUUGAACACAGACGCACGGAAAGUCAUUCGAAAGAUCGGGACGGCCGGAUGACAAAGACAUUAGAUGGAAAAACAGCGGGAUUUCAAGCUGCGAAAGAAUUGCGUGAGGAAAUUGAGGCUCAGAAACGACGAGACGCAGAGCUAUUUAACAAGUUAAGUAACGAAGUCAGCGGAAGAGGACAAGCUGCAAUUUUGCGUGAUAAAAACACAGGAAGGAGGCGUAAUUUGGAAGAAGAAGCAGAAAAAGAAAGGGAAGAACAAAAAAAGCAACAAGAAAUGGAUGAAAAAUAUGCCAAAUGGGGCAAAGGUUUGAAACAAGUGGAGAAUCGCGAGGAAAAAUUAAAGGACGAUUUGUAUGAGAUGAAUAAACCUUUAGCAAGAUAUGCGGAUGAUGCAGAUUUAGACAAACAACUGAGAGAACAAGAGAGAGAAGGUGAUCCUAUGUUGAAGUACAUAAAACAGAAGCAGAUAAAAGAGGGAAAAAGAAAGCCAGAUCCUCCACAAUAUCAAGGUUCAUUCGCGCCGAAUCGAUUCGGAAUCAAACCUGGUCACCGAUGGGACGGUGUCGAUAGAAGUAACGGAUACGAAAAGAAGUGGUUCGACGCACAAAAUGCGAAGAAAGCGGUGCAAGAAGAAGCCUACAAAUGGAGUACAUCCGAUAUGUGAUUAUUACGUUUGCGCAUAAUUAUAUAUAUAUUCCUACAACAGAAAUUUUCUAUUUCCA